AUGGCGGACUUCACAAUUAAAGCAAUUACGGAGAGUCUGCCGCCGGCGACGGACCCUAUCACCUACCUCACGAUCCUCGAGACUCACAUGUCCCCAGAGAUUCUGCCAACUCUGAACGACAUCCUCCAAGAUGCCGAGUUGACACAGAGCAUAGGUUGGGACUUGAUCCAUUUACUCCUCCCUAUGCCAGACUCGCGGAAAUGUCUAGAUACAAUCGCUCGACUUGGAAAUCCAAGAGAGGUGGUUUUGAAGGUUACUGAGUCUUUGCAGUUAUUGGAUCUGGAUGUGGACGAGAACGAGGACGAGGAACAAGUGGAGAAAGGAAAGGAGGCUGGAUUGGAGCCCUCUUCGAAGGAAAAGUUCUGCACGCUGGUCAAUCUUCUGGCUAUACUACAUCCUCGAAUCAAGACGAAGAAUCCUUCACGUUUCCUCUCAACCUCUCUUAUGGCAAUACUCUCCUCCUAUCGCCCCUCAGAUGAAGCUACACUUGCAGUCAUUUCUUUCGUACACACAAUCUCAGGCAAGAAGCGUCCUUCUCUGCCUGACCGAAAGUCAAGCCUGAAUAUACAAAUUGCUUCAAGUAGCUCUGCCGGGCCUUUGGCGCCUGAUCCCGAAGCACAAGACGAAGACCCAGCAGAAGCAGCGAUUCAACAGAAACUUUUACAGUCUUUUGUUACACAUGUUUUGGAAGAAUUUAUAAAUGCGAAUGCUUUGGAUUGGGCUGCCAGAUUACAAGAACAUUUUCACCCUCGAAUGGUUGUUCCUGUAAGGAAAAGCAUUGGCGAGACAUACAAGGAUGAUCCGGCACUUGUUACAAGAACAGCCAUCGUUGGACAAUUAGUCGCUCUAUCUCGUGACCUAGGGCUCUUAGACAUCGCUACACUCUUCGAUGCCAUAUACAGCACUGGUUCACCAAUUUCAGAGAACGAGACAGAGUACCCAUCAUCACCUGGCGAAAUUCCACUUUCCCAAGCGGGUUCACUCUUUCUCAUAAUCUCGUCCAUAUUUUCUUCGGUUCUCUUCGAGUCGAAGAUUGCACUGCCGAAGCUCACGAUCUUCCCUGAUCAUGCGAAGCUUGUUCAACACUUUAUUGGCACCGGUGGACCUGGAAGUAUUGGGAAUGAAGAAACCGGAGUCAUCGAUGCUGUUUUGGCGUUGGGUUUAUGGCUGGAGAACAACAACAAUUUCGUUGCUGGACCUCUCGAGGACGAGGACUUCCUGCAACAUCUCCAAUCCAUCUCUCUAAUGUCUGCUAACACGCCGUCUCCGACGCUACGAUAUGCUGCACACGUUCUCACUUCGUCAAUCUUACAUGCACACCCAAUGGAUCGAUUACGAUUAACAUUCAUCUCGGAUACUUUGGAGCAUUGCCCAUUUGAGUCCUUGAAAGGAUCGGCAGUCUCAUGGUUGAAAGAAGAAAUAAUUACGGCACAUACUCGGAAAUCAGAGAAUGUGUUUGCUUCUACAGUUGCGCUCGCUGCCGCCCAACCAUAUUUGUUCCCAGACACGUCCCCACUGGCAGAUGCCUCGGACGAUGAGCUCCUUCAAGAGCUGGAGCAAUCAUUUCCAUUCCAUAUGGUCGUUGUCAACUUCCUUUAUUUCAUUGGGGGAGAGACAUACUCUCAUCUUGUCCCAUCCGGCAUGAUGGGCGUUGUGGAAGAAAUUUACCUGGGACCUCUGAGGACCGCCCAAGAGAAGGGACUAAAGGUAUUGAAUCCAAGUCCGGAAAGCGCAGCCCAUGUUGGUGGAUCGAAGAUGGAUUUGCAACUUUUGGGAGAUCGAAUUGCGAUGUGCUCAGCGCAGAUUGAGGGAAUAUGA